AUGCCUCGACUUGUACGCCGCCGCCCGCUCUCCGAGCGCAUACUAGCACGCCUGAACCCGUAUGACUUUCUGCUUUGGCUUUCCGAGGAAUUUGAAGGUGGUGAUUGGGACCAGCUAGAGAAAAACUGGGCUUUUCCCAUUGGUAUUGCGCUCAACGUGAUAUUCCUCAUCGCGCGAGCAAAUAGCCGAUCCGGUGGUGGUAGCAGGGCUUUUGACGAUGUGUUCGGCGAGGACGAUGGCACAUCCCUAUUUGGGUGGCUUGCCUCAUUCAUCGUCCAUCUGAUGGCCCUUGCCUCUACGGGCAAUGCUAUCUACACAUUCCAGAAGAAGAGACGCUAUCGAUUGUUUGAGAACUCUAUUGAUAACAACCCGGCGACACCAUCAGCACAUCGUGUACGGGUUGAUUCAAGCCCCGUGAUGCCGUCUCCGCUGCGCUACAUUGCCAAGGCGCUUUCAACAGAACCGGCACACUCGAGGGCCCACCCUGAUGCACAGCGAGAUGUCUGGGAGCUUGCAAUAUGGGACCCUUCGCCACUUUGUCUCCGGCUCUUUUGCCUCUUCAGCCCAGGGCACGUCUUGGUAUAUUGGCUGUUCCUUCCGACGCAGCUCUCAGAUCCACGCCCCAGCGUGACGAUUGUGACGACGAUCGUUCUGACCGCUCUUCUGUCCGUGCAGAUGUCCUUCAUCUCUUCUUCUUAUACACAACAAGCUAAGGACCAGAAGAUUGUACACCAAGAGGUCUUCAAAGAAUAUGACACUAAAUAUGUGCAACCUCGGACACAUCCGUUGAUGAGAGAUGUUGGGACGCAGUUCUCGGAUGAACCACCAAAGACCGAGGAGGAGUGCAAUAGGGUUGAGACUUAUAGCCCGGCUCACAUCAUUAACCGUGGUUUCAAGACCAGUCCCAACCCUAAUUACCUCAAGCACGUCGACCCAGAAGGUUUCACCCCAGUCCGUCAGCCAACUGCAUCUACUCCCACCUCUAUAUUCCAAGGCCCACCCACCUACACCCCGAGCAUGUCUCGAGAUGGCUCGCCUAUGGCUCGAGGCACUAGCCGCACAACAAUGCGACAACCGCAGUUCCGAUCUACUGCAACAACAUCAACAGGUGAUGGAGGAAGUCUCGGUGUUUACAGCCAUGCUAACUCUCCACUGAGGAAGUCCGCGACAACUUCAUUUGAUCGCCGCUUACAAAACAACGGAGACUUUGUUUACAAGGAGCGUGGUACAACUCCCUUGAUGCGGAGUUCCAGUCCGCUGAAGAGAAGCAGUGUACCGGGAGGAAUGAAUCCAGGUGGCCCAGCCACCGUCAAUAGAUCGGAUAAGCUCAACACUCGGUACUAA